GACCCAGACCAGUUCGACCAGUUCCAGGCCGCCGCCAGGGAGGCGAUGAGGACACCAGCCCAGGUCGAGCGCCUGCGAUCCGUAAUGCUCGCGGUGAACCGGCUGAGAUCUGACCCAGACCUCGGCGAGUUCUUCCGCGAGCUCGACGAGGACGGGCCGCUGGCGCUGCGGAAGUACGGGCAGCAGGACUGGUUCUUGCAGAAGCUAGCCGCGGCGGAGGCGAGCGUCGCCGAGGAGCAGGGGUCUCCCGACGACCAGGACGGGGCGGACGAGCAGCUUGCGGCGGAGCUGGACCUGGAGGAGCAGGCCAUGCGGGAGCUGGAGGACGAGCUGAUCGCCGAGAUCUUCACCAAGUUCGACACAGACAAGGACGGAGUCUUGAGCCUGGACGAAUUCAAUUCUCUUCAGCGCACCACCGAAGGGCCCGACGCCGAGUUCACUUCGGAGCAGCUGGCGUCCCUGCUGCUGGCCAUCAGCCCAGAGCUGCUGGAGCCUGGCAGAGGCAUGCCGUUCAAGGAGUUCUACCGCCUGUACAGCGACCAGAAGCUUGCCGAGCAGUACGGCACAGACGUCGUCAGGGACCACGGCAAGAUCUUCGGCUCAGACACCGUUCCAGGGAGCGCCGAGGUGCCCGAAUACCUAUUCGGCGACCCUGGGCCAGGCUGA